CAAAACCAUACUAGCUUCGGUCUCUUUCGCUGUAGUAUAUAACCGGACCCCGGCACCCUACCAUCCCAACUUUCUUCCUACUACUUACUACCAUGCAACCACGACACUUUACACCAGACCAAUCUGACGAAGACGGCCGCGGCGCCUCCCCCGCCUCCAGUGCCCGCGCUGCCGCAUCACGACGCAGGAGUACGAGAGCCUGCGAUCAAUGCCGCCGAACGAAGAGCAAGUGCGAGAGAUCAGACGUGGAUAAUAUCUGCCGCGCAUGUGCGGCAAUGGGAGUCUCUUGCACCUAUGUUGGCCCCAGCCACAAGCGAGGCCCACCAAAAGGCUACAUCCUUGCCCUCGAACGACGACUACACCAGGUCGAGGCGUUGUUGGGCACAGUCAUCAGCGCAGACGACCCUCGUGCGCGCGGCCUCAUCCAAGAUCUCUCUCGAGACCAACUGGCCGCUCACAUAAUACGUCGAGUCAAGAUUGGACCCUUCGGCCCAAGAGGUCGUCUGCAACAACCGUUUGGCUCGACGAAGGAAGAUUUCCUUGCUGCCAUCAUGGCGGGCUCGGGUGACGACUCACCAGGCCGGUAUGGAGAAGAAAACUACGCUCUUGUCAGCCCAGAUCGCGACUGGCAGGACCGCCUCCAAGCGCUUUUGCAGCCAGCCACUCGCCAGAACACCAUCCCCUAUUCUGCACAGGCCCCCGGGCCCUACGCCCUGCCGAGUCUGCGCCAGAUCUCGAGCCCUGCGCCUCUGCCACAGCACCAACAGCAGCAGCACCACCAACAGCCACAGCAGCAGCAGGGUCACCCGCUCAUGCAGAACGGCCUCCCGGGUCUGUACUCGACGAAGCUCGAGACCGGCAGCCCGGUUGCGAACACAGCGAUGCUCGCACCGAUCAACCCUUCGUACGGCGCGCACUCACCGCUCUCACACUCGCCCCAGCCGAGCCCGUACCACGCGCAGAACGGCGUUGGCGCGAGCAACGGCGGUGCGAGUGCGCCGCGCCUGAGCUGGGACGGCUUCAACAGCUACCAGCGCAUCGGCGGCGGCGGCAGCAUUGGCGGCAGCAGCGACGGCGGUGGGGCCGGGCCGGGCAGUGACGACGGCGAGUCCAAGGCUCGGUACGAGCUCGCGCCGAGCGACGGGUUGCAGAUGAGCGGCCGCGGCGAGUCCGCGGCGUACCAGCUGCCGCGCGUGCAGGGGAACGCCUCGUCAGUACCUCUCCGAGUCUUGGACCGCACGGGCCACGCUGACGCACACGGCGUGUUGUACAGUGACCCCCAGAGGUGGUAUACCACCUACACGAGCCAGCAGGCUGUCGGCUGAAUGCAUGGCAGCCCGUUCAUGCUGAUCUGAUGCAGCUCGCCGUACUGGUGGUUCAGCGCAUCGUCGCCUAUGCGCCCGCUUCAUGCCUCGACGCCCAGCCCGCUCGGGUGGGCGUCGCUCUGGGAUAUGUGCUUUUGGAGCAAUACCCCCUCAUUACGUUGGAUCCCCUUCGGUUACAGUGGACCCCCAUUAUCGUAGCGCCACAUCUAGAUGGCCCUAAUACCCUACCUCCCCUUUAUGCAAUCAUGCUGCUCGCAAUAAUCCAGACCUUAUGCACACUGUAUAGUUGCCCAUGUACAUCUCUGUAGCAAUACUCAGCCUGCUAACUCUGUGCCACUACCAGCACACGUAGCGUAGUUUCGAUAGAGUUCUUUCGUCGCAUGUAGUAUCAGACAUUUAUCACGGGACUGCGGAAUGGAUGGUGUAUCAUAAAC